AUGCCCGAAAUAACCCGAGGCAAACAGGGUCUAAGGAGUCCUCAAGAGAGCGUUCAUGACCUCAGUCCUAUUGAAAGCUUUCGGAUUCCUAGUAAGGAGGAGCUCCGAGAGUUACGGGAAGAACCAACUGAUCCUCAAGUUCAGCAAGAAAUAAUUAACAGCAUUGAAGAAGUAUAUUUUUCCAAUGAUUCCUUUGAUAUUGUGAAAUAUGAAUUAGAGAAGCUUCCUCCAGUACUUAGUCUUCAAGAACUGGAAGAGUAUAGAGACAAAUUGAAGCAACAGCAAGCUGCUGUAUCUAAGAAAGUUGCAGACUUGAUUCUUGAAAAGCAGCCUGCAUAUGUUAAGGAACUUGAACGUGUCACGUCGUUGCAGACUGGCCUUCAGUUAGCAGCUGUCAUUUGCACAAAUGGAAGAAGGCACUUAAAUAUUGCAAAGGAAGGCUUUACACAAGCUAGUUUGGGGCUUCUUGCAAAUCAAAGGAAACGACAGUUACUUAUUGGACUACUGAAGUCUCUGAGAACAAUAAAAACACUGCAAAGAACUGAUGUGCGUUUAAGUGAAAUGUUGGAGGAAGAAGACUAUCCAGGAGCUAUUCAGCUGUGCUUGGAAUGUCAGAAAGCAGCCAGCACUUUCAAACAUUACAGUUGUAUAAGUGAGUUGAAUUCAAAACUGCUUGACACUUUGGAACAAAUAGAGGAACAAUUGGAUGUAGCACUCUCCAAAAUAUGCAAGAACUUUGAUAUCAAUCAUUACACCAAGGUUCAACAAGCUUACAGAUUACUUGGAAAAACACAGACAGCAAUGGACCAGCUACAUAUGCACUUCACUCAAGCCAUUCACAACACUGUGUUUCAAGUAGUCCUUGGAUAUGUGGAGCUCUGUGCAGGAAACACAGACACCAAGUUUCAGAAGCUACAGUACAAAGAUCUGUGUACGCAUAUUACGUCAGACAGCUACAUUCCUUGCCUUGCUGAUCUCUGCAAAGCGCUCUGGGAAGUCAUGCUCAGCUAUUACCGAACGAUGCAGUGGCAUGAGAAGCAUGACCAAGAUGAGGCAGAAACUGCAUCUUCUGUUUCAGAUGGCAAUAAUGUGAUUGGAACGGAGGAGAACAGUUUUGACCGCAGCUAUGUAAAAAAGAAAUUGGAACAUGGGCUUUCACGAAUAUGGCAGGAUGUUCAACUGAAAGUGAAAACGUAUCUUCUGGGAACAGACCUGUCUAACUUCAAAUAUGAUGACUUCAUAUUUGUACUUGAUAUUAUCAGCAGGCUGAUGCAAGUUGGAGAAGAAUUUUGUGGCAGUAAGUCUGAAGUUUUGCAAGAAUCUAUCAGAAAACAAAGCGUUAACUAUUUUAAAACAUACCACAGAACCCGCCUUGAAGAAUUAAGAAUGUUUUUGGAGAAUGAAACCUGGGAACUUUGCCCUGUUAAAUCAAGCUUUAGUAUUUUGCAGCUUCAUGAGUUUAAGUUCAUGGAGCAGUCACGUUCCCCAUCUGUGUCACCUAGUAAGCAGCCUGCCUCAGCAGUUUCAACAACAGCAACGUUAUUUGAGCAGUACUGUAACGGAGGAAACCCAUUUGAAAUUCAGGCUGACAGCAAAGAUGAUGAGACAGAAGAUGUGCUUGCUUCCAAUGGGUAUGAAUCGGAUGAACAAGAAAAAAGCGCAUAUCAGGAGUAUGAUAGUGACAGUGAUGUUCCUGAAGAAUUGAAAAGAGAUUAUGUGGAUGAGCAGACAGGAGAUGCCCCUGUGAAGAGUGUUUCUCGAGAAACCCUGAAGAGCAGAAAGAGAUCGGAUUAUAAUCUCAAUAAAGUGAAUGCACCUAUCCUAACAAAUACUACGCUAAAUGUAAUAAGACUUGUUGGGAAAUACAUGCAGAUGAUGAAUAUUCUGAAACCGAUUGCAUUUGAUGUGAUCCACUUCAUGUCCCAGCUCUUUGAUUACUAUCUGUAUGCAGUCUAUACAUUUUUUGGCCGAAAUGACACGCCCAUACCGAGUUCCUCACUUUCUACUUCUAACAGAGAACAGCACAGUGCUAGGCAGUUUGAAUCAACAGGACUGGGCCUCAGUAGCAGCAGAUUACGGACCACACUGAACAGAAUCCAAGAGAGCCUGAUUGAUCUGGAGGUCUCUGCUGAUCCCGCUGGAAAUCUCACAGCUGCUGAAGAGAGAAAGGAGAAGGUGCCAAGCCCACAUCUCAGUCAUCUCGUGGUUUUGACAUCUGGCAAUUCGCUCUAUGGUUUGGCAGAGAGAGUGGUAGCCACAGAAUCCUUGGUAUUUUUGGCUGAGCAGUUCGAGUUUCUUCAGCCUCAUCUUGAUGCAGUGAUGCCAGCUGCCAAGAAACCUUUUCUUCAGCAGUUCUAUUCUCAGACUGUGUCAACUGCCAGUGAACUACGCAAACCAGUUUAUUGGAUUGUCGCUGCUAAAGCCAUUGAUUAUGAACAGAUGCUGCUUCUCAUGGCUAAUGUGAAAUGGGAUGUGAAGGAAAUCAUGUCACAGCACAAUAUAUAUGUAGAUGCUCUUUUAAAGGAAUUUGAAGAAUAUAACAGAAGGUUGAAUGAAGUGUCUAAGAGAGUCCGUAUUCCACUGCCAGUCUCAAAUAUUCUGUGGGAGCACUGCAUACGCUUGGCCAACAGAACUCUCGUAGAAGGUUAUGCCAAUGUUAAGAAGUGCAGCAAUGAAGGACGUGCCUUGAUGCAACUGGACUUUCAGCAAUUCUUAAUGAAACUAGAAAAGUUAACAGACAUUAGGCCUAUUCCAGAUAAAGAAUUUGUGGAGACCUACAUUAAAGCGUACUACCUAACAGAAAAUGACAUGGAACGCUGGAUCAAAGAACAUAGGGAAUAUUCCACUAAGCAGUUGACCAAUCUGGUGAAUGUUUGUCUGGGAUCCCACAUCAACAAAAAGGCAAGACAGAAGCUGCUAGCUGCUAUUGAUGACAUAGACAGACCUAAAAGAUAACUGGAGGAGGUUACUUUCCUUGUGGCUUGAACCCUUUUCUGUUAACAUGAGCAUGCAAACAUAUCUCUCAUGGACUAAAGAUAGCUUUCUCUUUAAAAAAAAAAAAAAAAGAAAAAAAAAGAAAAAAAAAGAAAAAAGAAAAAAAAAAAACCAACAUUGUGCAUGACCUUUCUUACCAGCAUUGGAGACACUCUGAUUUGGCAUAAUGUUCUAAAAUAUGACUUUUUAACCUAUAGAAUUUUUUUUCUGUUGUAUUUCUUGUUUCUUUUGUUACUUGCCCUUAGUAAAGGGUUGCUCUUCAUGUAUCAUUGGUGAGCUGUAUAUUUUGCAGAACUGUAUACUGUAAGUAAAUCAAAAUCAGAGAAACACAUUGACUUAAUAUAUAGUUGAUGCCCUUUUUAAUAAAAGGGCUACUUGAAAAUGUGAUGUUUUUUUCUUCCCUGCUUUCAUCGUUAGAAUUUGUGCUUUAUUAUUGAUCGACAUAAAGUGAAAGAAAAUGUACAAUAUCUUUGGAUGAUGAAUCUUGCAUGUGGGUUAAGAGUGCACUUCAGCUACGUAUUCUCAUGUUAAAGCCUCUCAUCUUCAUAUGUAUUUUAAAAUGUAUAUGUUUACUUCAGAAUUAAUUUAGUCAUAUCAAAAUAAUUGAGUUCAGAUUAUAAGCAGGUAAUAAAUACUGUACUCUAA